AUGAAAAUACAAAUUCUGGUGUUAUGUUUGUUAGCAAGUUCGGCAUUUUCAGCAUCACACCACCCCAUCCUAAUCGUCGUCUCAUACGAUGCUUUCAGGUACAAUUUCUUUGAUACCAAACUGGUACCCAAUAUGGAAAGGCUGAAGUUCAAUGGGACAUACUCAGACUACUUGGUCAAUGUUUUUCCUACUAAAACAUUUCCUAAUCAUCAUUCCAUAGCGACAGGAUUGUAUCCUGAAGUUCAUGGAGUUAUAGGCAACACCUAUGUAGACCAAAAGUCCCUCAAAGUUGUUAAAAUGGGAUUCGAAAUGUAUAACUACAGCAAUGAUGUAAUACCAAUUUGGAGGUGGAAUGAAGACCAGGGAGAUGGUAGACAUUCAGCAACAAUGAUGUGGCCUGGUGCUGAUUUUCCUUAUCAGGGAAAGAACAUAACUUACAGACAAUCAUUCAAUGCCAGUGUUGAUUGGUUCAGCAGAGUAGAUACAUUGAUAUCAUGGCUGACAAACUCAGAAAAGCCAGCCAAUUUGGUAAUGUUUUACAUAGAAGAACCAGAUACCCAUGGGCAUGCUUUUGGUCCAAACUCUAAUACUGUUCAUGAAUUAUUACAAAAACUUGACAAUGUUACUGCCUAUUUGGAGAAAAAAUUAGAAGAGCACAAAUUGACUGAAAAAGCUAAUGUCAUUCAUCUAAGUGACCAUGGUAUGAUUUCUGUUACUCCACCUUAUUUUAUCAAUAUCACACAGUAUAUUAAAAAUGGAACCUAUGAGUGGGCAGGAGCUACACCCUGUAUACAAAUUACUCCUAAUGCUGGUUAUGAAGACAAUAUUUACAAUUCCUUGAAAGAGGCUUCAGUGACCAAUGGUCACUUCAAAGUGUACAAAAAAGAGGAUUACCUCAAGAGAUGGCAUUAUAAAAAGAAUCCCAGAUCACCACCAAUUUUAAUAAUGGCUGAUGAGGGAUAUGCCCUAGAUGACCUGAUAGUUGCAGCUCCCAAAUAUGCAAAAUUUUAUAAUUUUACAUUGACGAACACUUCGGAAUUCGGCGUCCACGGCUACGACAACGACGUCGUCGACAUGCAUCCCUUCUUCAUGGCGCGUGGACCUCGCAUCAAACUACACCAUCGCGUCACGCCAUUUAGUACUGUCGACCUGUACAAUCUCUUCACUGAGAUACUCAGAUUGCCUGCUCGGGCCAAUAACGGCUCGAUGGGGAAUAUUGUAGACAUUUUGGUAGAUGGAGGCGGGAGGUAUGGAGUAGGAGUGGGAGUUGUCGUAGGCGGAGUGUUGCUCGCUCUGAUAAUCGUAGGCCUGGCGGCCGGCCUCACCCUGUACAUCAUAAAAGUCCGUCAGAAUAUCAGGACGGCGGCCGCCCUAAAUAAACGGUUUCCGCAAACGUUCCAAAAUAGCGGCAUCGAGGCGCAACAUUUGCUGGAGUCUGAAGAUGUGCAAGCGUAA